CCGCCGCCGCGGCCCCGUCGGAGCGCAGUGGAGCGGCCCGGGCCGGGCGAUGGCUCCGCACCAGCCCAGCGCCGGGCAUUACCUGCGCUCCGACAGCGGCGGCUCGGAGGCCCCGAUGCUGGCGGACGGCUCCGGCCCCGGCCCGGGCCCCAGUCCCGGUGCGCCGCUGCAGCGGCGGCGGCGGUGCGGGUCGCUCUGGGGCAGCGUGGCCGUUAUGGCCAUUCUCGCCCUGCAGAUCGCCUGCACCACCGGCCUCUUCGUCUACUUCACCAUGGCCAUCUCCAAGCUCAAAGCCCAGGCGCCAGGGAACAUGGAGGAGCUGCGGUGCCUGCAGGUCAUCAACCAGCAGCAGGAGGGCUCCAGCCUGGAGGAGCUCAUCAGCAACCAGUCCUGCCUCAAGCUGGCCAACACCAUCAAAGCCUAUGUGGCCACGAUGACGGAGAACGUGAUCCGCAGGAGUGCAGUGAAGGAGGCCCGGAGGAGCUACUUCAACACCUCGGAGGGGCAGGUUCCUCCCAAAACCAGUGGCAAACCCUCGGCACAUCUCACCCUGCGCCCACAGAGCCUGGCCCAGGAUGGGAACUCCCGGCGCUUCGGGAACCUCUCGCAGUCGUGCCGCCACGCCAUCGCGCGCUGGGAGGACAGCACCAUCCACUCCCACCUGCAGAACAUCACGUACCAGGACGGCCGCCUGCGGGUCAACCAGGCGGGCAAGUACUACGUGUACUCCCAGAUCUAUUUCCGCUACCCCAGUGACGCGGCCAGCGCCCGGAGCUCCGUCCCACAGCUUGUGCAGUGCAUCAACUGGAAGACGUCCUACAGCCAGCCCAUCCUCCUGCUCAAAGGGGUGGGCACCAAGUGCUGGGCGCCCGAGGCGGAUUAUGGGCUCCACGCGCUCUACCAGGGGGGGCUUUUUGAGCUGAAGGCCGGGGAUGAGCUCUUUGUCUCAGUCUCCUCCUUGGCCAUUGACUACAACGAUGCAGCAGCCAGUUACUUCGGGGCUUUCCGGCUUGACCUGUGACAGCCGCCUCCGCCUCGCUCCUUCCUGCUGCUCCUGCCCAGCCAUGGUCCUGCGGGGCUCCAAGGAAGCAGCAGCUGAACAGCCAGAGAGGGGGCUUGGCGCAGCAUCCUUCCCUGUGUGGUUUUCCCAAGGGAUGGGCCAGCAGAGGGCACAGGGGGGGCUGCCCACAGGGACCCACUGUGCUUGGUACCAUCCAGCUGGGAGGAAGACCAUGAGCCAGGACAGGCCUGCAGGAGACACGGACAAGGCAGGACAUCCUCCCCCGGCUCCCAUCCAAGCAAACAGCGCAGGUAGCACCAAACCUGCUGCAGGAGAGGCACCGCGGGCACAUCUGCAACAAGAAGACAAAGUGUCCCCAUGGCAGGAUGAGCCUCUGCGAGUCUCUGCACAUCUGGUAGCGGCAGCCCCAGAUGUGCUGCCAGGCUGCAUGUGCUCAGGGACAGGAGCCCAUGGUGAGCGCAGGGAGGGGGCAGGUCCAGCAUCAGCUUCUGGAGAGGAGUGAAGCAGUAUCGUUUGGGAUCAUCAGAAGCAUGGAGCGAUGCCAGCAGCUGGUGUCAGGGGAGGUCAAAGAGCAGGACCAUGAAGCUGGAGCAGUCGCCAGCCCAAACAACAGCACCCAGGCACGUGGCUGCAUGGCCCUAUCCAGGCAGGAACCUGCCAUCACACCUCCCCUUCGCUCCUGACCAAGCAGCUCCCUCCUUUCUCGGGGUUCCUGGCCCUCCCUGGCAGCGGUUAUCCCACAGGACUUGAACUCAUGGGUGAGCCUGGCUGGAGCAGCACAGGACAUGGGAGGAACGAGGGCAAGCCCUCAGUGCUGAAGUCUGUGUUGGAUGCAGGAGGUGGGUUCAAGCAGGGCAGAGCGUGGUCAAGGUCCCACAGAUGCUGGGGUGGACGCAGCCCCUUCUGUAACUCCCUGUAUACUCUGUAUCACGUGAGGACUGGUGGAGCAGAUGGACAGGGCGGCAGCAUGGGCUCCAUGCCGGAUGCAAACACCUCCUAUGGCAGCGUGGCUGCCGGGGCUCCCAGUGCUGCUGCAAUAAAGCCUCUACUCCAGU